ACUGAUAUGUAAAACGGAAAAAUAUAUGAUUCAAGAAUCAGUUUGUGUCUAAAUGAUUUAUAUACCUUAACAAUAUUGUGUUCUGUGUAACAAAUCUCAUAUCUUGAUAGUUUUAUCCUUAUAAAAAGUGCAUAAAAAUUAAAUUAAAUAAAACUUGUAAGUGCAUGUUAACAUCGUUUGAGUUCGUCACACGGCCUUGAGAGUUAAUAUUAUAUAAAGAUUCCGCACGCACAUAUUGCUCCAUAAUCAAUCUAGCUACUCACUGGAAAACUAUUCUAAGAACAUGUUACUCUACACUUCUAUCAUAGUCAUCGUUGCAACAUUUGGAUUAUUUUCAGAUGGAAAAACUAUAAAUCCUUUCCCAACAUGCAAACGGAAUUCACCUGAUAUUUCCGAUUGUUUAUUAAAAGCUAUACAGGAAUCAUGGCCUUCAAUUUGUAAAGGAAUUCCAGAAUUAGACUUUCCACCUAUGGAUCCAAUAUUCAUCAGAAAUGGUUCAGCUAAACUUAAUCUAGCUGAUCUACAUGGAAGACUAAAUUUUAAAAAUAUGACAGUCGUCGGUUUGUCAAAGAUGCGUUUUUAUAACGUGACAACGCAUUUAGAUGGGGACAACCCUCGUUUGCUGAUAUACGGAAUAGUGCCAUCGAUUUACGUAGAAAGUAUCGUGAAAGUAAAUGGUGCUGUAAAUGUAUUCAGAAUUUUUGGUGAAGGUUAUUUUAAUGAAACCUUGACUAAUGUCAAAGGACCAUGGGAUUUAUCAGGACCUGUGAUAAACGAUACAUGGGUUAUAAAACAUUUCAGUGUCAUUCCAUCAAUUGAGAAACUCGAUAUAUAUUUCAACAAUUUAGUAGAAACGCAAGGAAAAGAGUUUAAUGAUUUUGCUGUAAAUCUUGUAAACCAAUUUUGGCCAGCUUUUUAUCGAUCGUUAUUACCAUUUCUAGCUAGCAUAUAUGAACCUUGGCUGAUUGAGUUUCCUAAUAAAAUAAUUUCGAAAAUUCCAUUCUCAGAAUUAUUUCCAUAAAUUUUACACAUGUAUUACACGCUUUUUAAUGAAAUAUAAAGUAUUUUAUAAAAAUAUAAACAUAAUCAUUUUUGUAAAGAUAUAUGAAACUUUUAACUAGAGAAAAAUAUGUUACUAUAAGUAGCUACUAAUAUUAUCUCCAUUAUAAAUAACAAAUUCUGAUAAUUACUUAUAGAAUCAUUUGUUUAGUAAUUUAUCGUUAUAUAGUGGCGCUAAUAUAAAAUAUCUAAUUUUUAAUGAUUGCAAUAUUAUUAAAAUUAGAUUAACAGAAUUUAAAUAAUUUCUACUGCUCAUAUUUAUAAAUUAAAUGAAUAAAGUUUUACAGAACGUUUUAGUCUCCUA